UACUUAGGAGCGCAGCAGCGCGGCGUUGCACGGCCACUCACUGCGUGCGCGAACUCGAGCGCUUUGGGGCGCGCUUCGCUAACAGGGACGAGCCGGUCGGGCUCGCUGCGUCGCAGCUCAUAAAACUCAAGGAAACGUGUUUUUUUUAACCUCGGAAGGGGUUAUUAUCAGAGAGUACGGAUAAGCUGGUACCAUCAGCCAGACGCCUGAUCGGGAACCGGCCGUGCAUUUUCGGUUUUUUGGUGGAGGAAAUCGGGGGAGUAUCCAGCCAAGCUUGCUGCGCGCCUGACCUGAGAUAGCAGAUAAGUGAUGGAACUGUCAUCUAUAGGCGAUCAGGUGUUUGCUGUGGAGUCUAUCACUAAGAAGAGGGUUAGAAAGGGGAACGUGGAGUACUUGCUGAAAUGGCAGGGAUGGCCCUCGAAGUACAGCACCUGGGAGCCUGAGGACCACAUUCUUGACCCACAUCUGGUUCUGGCUUACGAGGAAAAGGAGGAGAAGGACAGGGCACUGGCUUAUCGGAAACGAGGACUGAGACCCAGAAAACUCCUUGUGCAGAACAUCUAUUCCAUGGAUCUUCGGAGUGCUCACAGAGCCCCAGCGAAGGCCCCGCCCCGCCUGCGUCUGUCUCUCUCACGAUCGCUGGGGGCUGAGCUGGAAGCCAGGGGACGGGACCGUGCUGCGGGGGGGGGGCAGCAGCCGGCAGAAGAAAAGGAGGCGCCUGUCUCAGAGCUCGACUGGCGAGCCGAGGACGAGAAGAAAGAGACAGUCGUGGAUGGCAAGAAGGAGGCAGACAGUGUGUCCGUAAGCAAGAACGACCUUCCAGACCCGGGGACGGAGGAACAGACUCCCCUAACUAGGCUAGUCCAGGAGGAGCUGACAGGCCAGGGGGUCGUCCAUGAGCAGCCAGGGGGUCCCAUUCCUGUCUCAGAGCUAAAGCAGGAGGCCACCACUCAUGGGUCCCCAAGCGACUCCUCUGAGUCAGGGGAUGUUACGGCAGGAGCCACAAAAGUCCAGGAGGCCAAUGACCCAGAUGACUCUGUGCGGGAGCAAGGGGCCAGGACCCCAACUCAUGGGCUGGCAGAGGACGGGGACCUGGGGACCGAGUUGAGCGCUGCUGCUGACUCUCCCAGGACCAACGGCUGCGUUUUGGCGAUGGGGCCUGGCGAGGCGGCCUUCAACGGGGCCCCUGUGUCUGACCCCACGGUGCCGACUCCCAGCGGUCAACCAGAGAGUUCCAAGCCCCCCGAGGAAACACAAAGCAGUGCUGUUUCCGGCACGCAGGAGAGCUGUAUGAGCCCUACAGCGGAGCCAAAGGAGGCAACUACUAGUGACAUCACGGGGGGAGCCGCUCCUGGGGCAGAGCAACAGGAGGGGGCACCGUCCGCGGGUGAGCCAGGGACAGUCAUAGUUACUGACAUCACCAUCAACUCCCUGACCGUCACUUUCAAGGAAGCUUUGGCAGCGAAGGGCUUUUUCAGGGCAUGGGGCUCGGAGCUGAAAUGUGGGGGGGGGGAGUAGCUAACACAGCACCUGAGAUGAUGUCGCACAACCUGCCCGCUCUUUCCACACCAGAGUAUAACUGCCCCCCUUCUGUUAUCUGCGUUGCUGUGACUUUCGUCUGUUCAUCCCUUCUGCUGUAUGUUCUGUCAUCAUCUCUUCUGUUCUGCUUAUAACCCCUGACGUCCCCCCCCCCCAUUUCCAUUUCCCUACAUCCUGAACCCACAGACAUGCCAGCUUGAACCAGACAGGGCUAAACAUGGCGUAUGUUACUGCAUGGAAACCCCCAUUUCAUACUAGGGUCACAUAUCGUCUCUGUAAUUUUCAGGCAUGUUAAGCAGUAGACAGCAGGUCACUGGGUGGCCAGGAAUACUGCAAGAUGGCUGCCUUUAGAAAUCAAAUCCAUUCUAAAGUUUGUUUUAUUCAGUUUAUUUAAUUAUGCUGCAGUUCAAACGAAUGAAAUACUGAUACUUAUAUUUUUGCUUAAUCAGCUUAUAGACAAAAACACAUACUCCUGACUUACAUCAUGUGUUGUGGGGAAAGAUCCACUAAUGGGAGAAAUUUGUUUUUCCUAGGAGCAGGUUGACUUCUUGUGACUAACAGUGCGAAUCUUCUGGCAAAAAUAAUUUAAGUUUCUGCAAAUUGCAGUAUUUAUGGUUGACCACUGGAGGGCACUCUGACAAAGCUAUUUGUUCUUUGCUUGAAUUUACUCCCAUUGUGGACCACGAUGCUCCUUUACUGUGAUUCUAGGGCAUGUGGCAUAGAAGCAGAUCUAUAAUAUAUGUUUACGCUCAUUAUCAUUUAUGGAAAAGGAUGUAGCGUCUGUCAUAAGCUAGAUGGCUUAUUAUUAGAUGGUUGUAGUGGAUUUCAGUGAAAACAGUUGCAAAAUCCUGUAAAAUGUUGAGUGAUGUAAACAUUUUAUAUAUGUAUGCAUGUAGGAAGUUUGACAAUGGCAAAGAAUGAAAUGAAAUCUAAGUCACCAAUACUGUAUGCAUUAAUAACAGUGUGCUUCAAAGCGGUUUGAACAAUUGACACGGUGACUUAUAUCAGAUGCUCGUUUGCGAAUUCCUUGUUUGUGUUUAAACCAAAAAACUGAAAUGAUAGUAAAUUAAACAUGUCGAUUUGUUGCUGAAUUUUGGAGUCUGAUGUUACAGAGGUGAUGAAAGAAAUAGUAAUUAUUUUGGUAUUUUUUGUUAUCUAAAUUUCCAGCAAAGAAAACAUCUAAAUGUAAAUGACAUAUUUUUGUAGAUGAACUGUGUAUUUGUUAGUAGGUGGUUACUUAACCUGUCCUUGUAUAAUGAGAGAUUUGCAUGUGCAAAAUAACUGUUUCAGUGCUUGUGUUUGUUGUACAUUAGUGUAAACUAAAUACAUACAUCCAUAUAUAUUAUAUAUGUGUGUGUAUGUGUAUAUACUGUAUAAGGAAAUUUAUAACUUAUCAGGCACUUUUAUUAAAUGCACUGAGCAAAGGAAAUAUAAAGUUAUGUUUCAGUGGUUAACACUUUUCUGAAGUACAAUCUCAGCAUGUGUUCUGUGCAGUGUUAAUGUGUGCAAGCAUUUUCACCACUAGCAGGGACCGUGUAUGCGAUUUUGGGGAAUUAUAGUACUAUAUGAUAUGAUUAUGAUCCCUGUGUUUCCAUGUUAAAAAUGGACAUACAUCGUUUGCUGUUCGCUGACCAUAUACAGGUGUUUCACAACAGGUGUGCUGAGUUUUGUCCUUAUUUUUUCAAGGAGUGUGGUGUAGUGAAAACCGUUGAAAGUAUAGGCUACCUUAAGGACGGAUGCAGUCACCUACAGGUAAGGUCUAGGCAUCAGACCUAGGAGUCCCUUACCAGAUGCUGUGUUUUUUGACCUUACAUGUAACCAUGAGAGUGAAUAUUGAAGUCGGUCUGCCUGCGAGAGGCUCCUUCCGCCCCUUGCCUCCUGCAGUCUGAAAACGUCCACCAGAUGGACUCCAAAUCACCCUAAUAUGUGAUUGAUGCAUUCACAUUACGGGAAAAUAAAUCGACAUUUUUAUCGACACAUACACCAUUCACACACAAACACCAUACACACUAUUACCUAGGGAUAAUUCGCCUUAGCAUGUUUUUGGACUGUGGGGGGGGGGAAACCAGAGAACCUGGAGGAGACCCCUUGAAGACAUGGGGAAAAUAUGUAAGUGUAAAAAACUGUUUUUGCCUGUCCUGUGGUGCAGGGGCGUAGCUAUGGGUGGGCUCCAGCAUUGAGGAAGGACCAGCAGUGAACCACAGUGGAGGCGUCACCCACCAUAUGAUGCCCCUUGCUACCACUCUGAGAAGGUCGGGCAUUUUGCUCGAGAUUGCCCAGCCCCGUCCCUCGCCAUGAGGAAGUCGUAGCCUUCACCGACCCCAAGCAAGCCGUCUCCCCUUCGCCAUCAAGUUGGCUGGCAGUGUCACAAUCGUGGACUGUAUGUGGACUGCUUUAUGUAGAGAACCCACCGCUAAUCCCUGAUGGGUACGGGGUCUACCAUCACCCUCAUUCGCCUGAGUCCCCUUCCAAAAACAAACCAGCUGGCCUCACCAUGGCGACAGGAAUUCAGCGGCAGAGCAGCAUGGGCUUGACUGCUGAGCAGUGACACUGGUUGAGGACUUUGCUGGAUGAGCAUUUGGACGUCUUUGCUGCUCAGGAUGACAAGUGCCACCCCGCUACGCUCAUCUAGCACCUUUUUGAUACUUGAGAUUCCCAGCCUAUACAACUGUGACCUUAUAAGCUGGCGUUCAUGGACUGUCAAGCAGCGGAGCAGAAAGUUUGUGAUAUGGCAGCAGCAGGUGUCAGCCAACCUUUGGACAGUCCAUGGGCUGUGUGCUGGUAGUCCUGGUCUGGAAGAAGGAUGGGUCAGUGCACUUUUGUGUGGAAUUCCACCGUCUGUGACUCAUACCCCCUGCCAUGGAUUGACGACGCACUGGAUGACAUUGCUGGGUUAACAUGGUUUAUCUCCUAAGACCUUCAAAGGGGCUACUGGCUGGUCCAACCAAUAGAGUCUGACUGCAGAUCCGCUGUGAGGGACAUCCACUGACAGAUAGGAAGUGCACUGUGUGACCAGAAAUGAUGUUACUGUAGAUCCGCUGUGAGGCACAUCCACUGACAGAUAGGAAGUGCACUGUGUGACCAGAAAUGAUGUUACUGUGGAUCCGCUGUGAGGCACAUCCACUGACAGAUAGGAAGUGCACUAUGUGACCAGAAAUGAUGUUACUGUGGAUCCGCUGUGAGGCACAUCCACUGACAGACUGGAAGACUGCUGGUGCACCGCAAAACAAUACUUUCAAGAAUAUUUUCAAAACUUUCAAGAUGGCAGCGCACAAGUGUGCCGCGGCUCUUAGCUCUCCUGUUUGGUGUCUUGGUUUCCUAGUUUUGUUGUGUAUUUAGUAUAUUGACAAUAACGCUUCGAUUAUGUUCUGUUCACAUAGAAUGUUUAAUGCAUAGCACUGCUGUGGGUGGUUGCCCCUCACAGCCAGCUUGCUGUCACCUACAGCAAUAAAGUUGGGGGAAGCAAAAAGAGAAUUGCCCACAGGCAUCAACAAAGUAUCUAGUAUUAAUAGUUCUCCAUGACGUUUGCUGUAUUUCGAAGUAGAACGGUUUUUGUUCCCUAUGUUUAGAAGUGUGGGAAUAACUUUUGUUUGCUAUUGUUUUGCUGAUACAAAACACAAUUUGUGUUUAGGUUGUUACUGCUUUCAGUUAAUAGUUUAAUUUACAAUCAUGUGCAGAUUGCUGAAUUGUAUUCAGUUAAUCAUUCAAAAGACAAUAAAUAUUGGUUCAUGCUA